CGGCGUGCGUGGCCCAGCCCCGCGCACCCUCGCUGUCUUCCUGAUUCCGCUUCCUUCCUGUGCUGCAAAUGGUGCUUUCACGGAGAGCCAUGGCUACUUUCCGCUUGGCCCUCAUCCAGUUUCAUGUUUCUUCCAGCAAAUCAAAUAAUGUCCAUCGAGCCUGUAGCCUUGUCCGGGAGGCAGCAAAGCAAGGAGCUAAAAUAGUUUCUCUGCCAGAAUGCUUUACUUUUCCAUAUUGCUUAGAAUCUUUUCCUGACUUUGUGGAGAAGAUUCCUGGUGAGACCACACAGAAGCUUUCUGAAGUAGCAAAGGAAUGCAACUUAUAUCUCAUUGGAGGCUCCAUCUCUGAAGAGGAUGCUGGGAAAAUAUAUAACACCUGUACUGUCUUUGGACCUGAUGGAACGUUACUAGUAAAGCACAGAAAGAUCCAUCUUUUUGACAUUGAUAUUCCUGGAAAAAUUACAUGUCAAGAAUCUAAAGUAUUGAGUCCUGGUGAUAGUGUCUCCAUAUUUGAUACUCCUUACUGCAGAGUGGGCCUUGGCAUCUGCUAUGACAUCCGCUUUGCAGAACUUGCACAAGUGUAUGCACAGAGAGGUUGCCAAUUGUUGGUGUAUCCUUCAGCUUUCAGUUUGACCACUGGACCAGCCCACUGGGAGUUGCUUCAGCGAAGCCGGGCUCUUGAUAAUCAGUUGUAUGUGGCCACAGUCUCUCCUGCCCGGGAUGAGAAUGUCUCCUUUGUUGUCUGGGGACACAGCACUGUUGUGAAUCCUUGGGGGGAGGUCAUAGCCAAAGCUGGCAUUGAAGAAAUGAUCCUGUAUGCUGACAUAGACCUGAAGAAGUUGGCUGAAAUACGUGAGCAAAUCCCCAUUUUUAAACAGAAGCGAUCAGACCUCUAUGCAGUGGAGAUGAAAAAGUUCUAAAGUUUGUUUCCAACAUCUCACAAAACACAAAGAAACAAAUGUUUCUGCAGCACAGCUUCUAUUGAUUCUUGCUUUGUAGGGGUGCUGAAAUUGAAACUACUACUGAGCUACAUGCUUAGGUUUCUAUUGAAUUCUUUAAUGAAGUUUUUUUGUUUUUUUCUUUUUCUUUGUUUUGUUUUUUUAAAUUAAGUUUCAGCCUUUUCCUCCUCGGGGUGCUAUUAAGAUGAUAAAGCCAUCCUGAAUAGUUAAGAAAGGACACAGGCUGACAUCAAAGAGCAGAAAGGGGAGGCAUCUUAAGAUGCCUAAGAGCAGUUGAUGAAAAAUAACAUCUUGGUAUCCUGGUGGUUAAUGUACCUACUACAAACAUUUCUGUAUAUUGAGCUUCUUAUCCCACAUACUAGAGUUGGUCUGGUGUUAAAUUUUUCAAAAGUAUAGUAAAGUUAUUUGGUCCCUGCAUAGCUAUGGGAAGCAAGAGGAUGGAUCCUUGGUGUUUGCCAGAGGAUAUGGCAGCCUUUUCAUUUCCCAGCAGCCUUUGGGCUUUAUAAAUCCAAGGAGCUAAUUUCUAGACCUUCCUGAUUUUGGAGGAAAGAACAGGUCAACAGUGAGCCCCAUGGGAGAAGGGCAGUGGCGGCACUGGUUGAAAGCAACUCAGUAUGAAUGCAGGGAAGAUUUUUCUGAUAGGGUUGAGUGUCUAAAAGUCUCAUCUUUUUCUGCUUUUCAAAUUGCUUUUUUUCCUAGUAACACUUUGUAGCUCCAUAAAGAAUUUCUGAACCACUUUGGUCUUCUCAGAAUCUUCUUGAACUAAUGCAUUUUUAUGUAUAUUCAAAGUUGGCUCACACCACUGGUUUUAUGUAAUAUUUACCAUACUAGUAAAGCAAAAAAUUUUUAAAGAUAUGUGAGCAUAUAUUCUAUUUGCUAUGAGUGAAGACAUUAUAUAUCAUUUAACUUCUGGAAAAUAGCACUAGCAGCUAGGAGUGAAAAAUAAUUUUUAAAUUAAGUGUACAAUUUGGUGAAAUUUUAUAUAUAAAGAACCAUGGAACAACUCUAAUCAAGAUAAUGAAUGCACUUACCACCCACAAGUUUCCUUGUGCCCAUUUACAAUCCCUCUUGCUACUCUUCUGUCCUCAGGCAAUCACUGAUAAACUUUAACCACUAAAGAUUAAUUUGCAUUUUCUUGAAUUAUAUAAAAAUGGAAUCAUGCCAUA